AUGAACAGAAAGGACAGCGGUAGUGAUAGCGACAGCGGCAUGAAGGUCAACGUCCGUUCUUCUGACAUGCCUGAAGCCCAGCAGAAGGAGGCUGCCAAGGUCAUCGCCGAGGCACUCUCAAUCCACACAAAGGAGACCCAAGUUGCCAAGACGAUUAAAAGCCACUUUGACGAAAAAUAUGGGCGUGCAUGGCACUGCAUCGUCGGAAAACACUUUGCCGGGUCAGUCAAAUAA